AUGAGUGUGACAGGGCGGGUUAUCCCCCAGCAGCGGCGCCCUGAUCAGCGGGGCCGGAAUAAUAAACCAUGCAGCCCGCGGGCCGCUCCCAGAGCUGCCAUGAGACACGGUGCCGGAGCCCAGCCGCUGCUGCUCAACAUGUACCUGCCAGCCCCAGCGGGGGGGAAGCGGCCGCCGGCGCGCAGGGGGCUGGGGACCCGGCAGCGCUUUAAAAGCCUCCCAGCGGGCGCUGGGGAGCGGCAAAGCGACUCCGGAGCGGGCUGGGACCUGGCCCCGUGCGAACGCGUCUCUGUCUCCGCCCCAGAUCCAGUUGGAGAGACUCUGUUCAAGGAGGGGAAGAGCCAGGCGUGGGGCUCGCUCAGCCCUGGCGUGCAGAAAGGCAGUGGGCAGAUCCAGCUGUGGCAGUUCCUCCUGGAGCUCCUGUCGGACCGCGCCAACCUGAGCUGCAUUGCCUGGGAGGGCACCAAUGGGGAGUUCAAGCUGAUCGACCCGGACGAGGUGGCCCGGCGCUGGGGCGAGCGCAAGAGCAAACCCAACAUGAACUACGACAAGCUGAGCCGGGCCCUGCGCUACUACUAUGACAAGAACAUCAUGACCAAGGUGCACGGGAAGCGUUACGCCUACAAGUUCGACUUCCAGGGCCUGGCGCAGGUCUGCCAGCCCGCCACCCCCGACCACGCCAUCUACAAGUUCCAGGGCAACCUGGCGCCCCUGCCCUUCUCGGGGAUCUCCAAACUCAACCUCAUGGCCUCGGGGGUGACGCCCACCAGCUUCUCCUACUGGCCGGGGUCCACCCCCACCCUCUACCCCGGCCACAGCCUGCAGCCCUCCGCCCCCUUCAGUGCCAUGGCUGCCUCCCACAUCAACAACAUGAAUAACCACUACCAUUAGAGCCCGCCCCGGGGCGUGCCAGGUG